GCAAGGUGGUUACUUGUAUUAAUAGUAGUUCUCCCGAGUAUUCGUUUUCAGAGUCACUCAAUGUCACAUUUGAUUUGACAAAACUCUGUCAAAUAAUUAGCCAAUCAAUCAACGGUCGGAUUCGACGAUUCGGGGUACACCGGAUAAUUUGUAUCCGUACAACCCACAAUCGAUUUCUUCAUGUUGAUCCGCCUGCGGUCGAAAGCGGGGACGUGGCGCGUGCCGGAUCUGACGUCCGCAUCGACUAUCUUGGAUGUGAAGAAGUGGGUGGAGCAUGAGUAUGCGAUUGUUGUCGCCCGGCAGCAUGUAUCUCGCGAUCCCAAGGGUGACGGCUUGGCCGACACGACCACCCUCCGUUCCCUGCAAGUAGGACAUGGUGACAUGCUGCACCUCGACUUCGACGGUGAUGCGAUAUCCACGGGGGGAGUUGUCCAUCGGAAGAUCAAUGCGGAUGGCACUCUCACCCAUGCGACGUACGACACGCGUUUGGGGAAGACCGGGUUUCGUCCUGGCAUGAAGGCGUUGCGCGACAUGAAGAUGCAUUGGACCCUAGGGGAGUUUAUGGAGAUGGAUUCCGAGUUCGAAUUCAAGAUCAAGGCCCAGAAGACUGCGCACUGCAACGCCGUUCGACUCGACGCCGCGUCAUGCAACGGGUUUCAGAGCUACCUGCGCAACUUUGCGUUCCAACAGUGCCGCUGUGGGUGGUUGUACGGGACGGUGGGUGCUGACGGCGUUGUGACGGUCGAGUGCAUCUACGAACCGCCCCAGGAAGGUAAUCUCCACGGAUUUGAGGUCAUGGACGACCCUCAUGCGGACAAGGCGGACGUGGUGGCGGCGGCGCUCGGCUGGUCCAAAGUCGGGUGGAUCUUCAGCCAUCCUCCCCGCGAAGAAGCGGACUUUCACUUUUCGUCGCGGGAAAUCCUUCUGGCGUCGCAGCUACAGUGCGAUGAUGCCGCCGGCGGCGCGUCCUCCCCGUUUGUAAGCGUCAAAGUGACGGUGGACGCGACCGGCCAGGCGUCAUUCGAGGCGUUCCAGGUGAGCGACCAGUGCAUGGAAAUGUUCAGUGCCGGCGCGCUCGUACCCGUGGAAGCCAUCCCGACGGUAAUGGGCGUGCACGAGACCUUCACGGCCAUGGUCGAGAUGAAGGCGACGAACGAGAUCGACAACAACUUCUUCCUGUGCGUGGUGCCGGUUCAACCGUACGAGUCAGCAUUGCACUGCGAGUUCCCGCCGCUGCACCGCGAAGGCAGCAUGCGCACCCGCUCCAUGCUCAAGCAGAUUCUGCAUAAGUAUGGACGCGACUACAAGGCGGCCCUGCGCGACUUCCACCUGCUGGUGUUCCUCGCCGACUUCCUAGACCUUCACGCAGAUAUCCCCGUCAUCUGCCACGCCCUCUUGAACGAGGACGUGCCGCUGGACGAAGGAUACAAGGUCUUGAUCGAUUCUGUCGCCGGCAAGUAAUAAUGGAAAAAGUAUGGAACAUUUGAAAAAGUUCUUGGCGCCAACGUCACGAAAAAUAUUUUGCGAAAUACAUAACUUGUGGAAGUUAAUAUGAUUUCAAACGUUCGAGUGUACUCAUAGUAUAAAUCGAGGACAUACAUUCACAUAACCUUUAUAA